CGGAUUUUGUAGACGCAUCUAGGCGCAUACACAUCGAGAGAGUUUGCUGAAUUGUAAAAUUGAACCCAAAAAGCCAACAAAAGAAGAAAAUAAAUUGGAAAAAAAGAAAAUCCAAAUUGAAAAUUGUGUGUUUCUUUGUGUGAGAUUUUCCAUGCAAUUCAUGGGCGGAGAAUACUAAGCGAAAAGCAAAAAAUCAAGCAAAAUUGAAAUAGCCAAAGAAGAAAGAAAAUCGGAAUAGUUGAAAUUACCACAAAAGAAGAAGAAGAAUUAUUGGAAAAAAAUCUAACUCAAGUGCUUAAUUAAGGAGUAUUUUUUUGUGUGUGCGAGAGAGUGUGAGUGGGGCAAGAGUGGGACACCCUAAGCUCCUACCCACCUACCUACCUACAUUAUAACCACAAGCGACAGCCAUACCAACACCAGCUCAUCGCCAGCAACUACGACUAGUGUUGAGGGGAGCAAGCGUCGUUGUCCUAUACGUCUUAACUGGAAAGUAAAGUGAAGUUUUGCUAUUUUUCCCCUAAUAUUUUUUAAAAGGGGUGUGCCACGCAAAAAAAAUAUAAAGAAAUAGUAGAAAAAGAAAUUGCUGAGGAUUUUGUGCUAAAAAUUGUUUAAAGUAAAUUUGCAAAUUCGCUGAGAUUUUCUUUUCUCAAAUACAGAUACGUAAACAGUGUUGGCAACUUUUCGUGAGAUACCAAAAAAAAAACCCCGAAUAUUUUUACACUCGAACGGUGAAAAAUAGAAACAAGUGAAACAUUUACGUCAUAUGUAUUGAGUUGCUUGCGAAGAAAAGGAAAGUUUAAACCGAUUUCAAUUGCUAACGCACAGACUUUGCUGGCAAGGAUUUGUGGAAAAAUCACCAAAAAAUCUUGAAACUCUUUUCAAAACACACAUCAACUACAUUUGGAUCUAAGAAUGUCGAGGAUACUAGCAUGGGGCCUAAUGGCUUUAGUGGCCAUCACAGCGACGUCACAGGUACAGGCUGCUUCACCACGUUGGGAACCACAAAUUGCAGUACUCUGCGAAGCUGGUCAAAUCUAUCAGCCGCAAUAUCUUUCCGAGGAGGGACGCUGGGUAACAGAUUUGAAUAAGAAAUCAACGGGCGCAACUUGUCUGCGUGAUAAACUCGAUUUGUUGGAUUAUUGUAAAAAGGCUUAUCCCAACAGAGAUAUCACCAAUAUUGUGGAGUCAUCACACUAUCAGAAAAUUGGCGGCUGGUGUCGCCAGGGUGCUUUGAAUGCCAACAAGUGCAAGGGAGCCCAUCGUUGGAUUAAACCAUUCCGGUGCUUGGAAGGACCCUUCCAAUCGGAUGCAUUAUUGGUGCCCGAAGGUUGCCUCUUCGAUCACAUUCACAAUGCCUCACGCUGCUGGCCAUUCGUUAGGUGGAAUCAGACCGGUGCUGCUGCCUGUCAAGAGCGUGGCAUGCAAAUGCGUAGCUUUGCCAUGUUGCUGCCCUGUGGCAUCUCCUUGUUUUCGGGUGUUGAAUUCGUCUGCUGUCCAAAGCAUUUCAAAACCGAUGAAAUCCGUGUCAAGAAAACCGAUUUGCCUGUUAUGCCACCCGUCGAAAUGGCCAAUCCCAUCAGUGAUGAUUUAGAUGACAUCAGCAGCGAUGACAAUGAUUCCAACUACUCCAAGGAUACCGCCGACGAUGUUGAAGAUGAAGAUGAUGAGGAUGAUUUGUUGGCUGAUGAUGAGGAGGAUGAAAUGGCUGCCGACGAGGCUACCGCCACGGGUGAUGAUGUAAAUGCUGAAUAUGAUUCUGGGGAGGAUAAUUAUGAGGAGGAUGCUGUUGAUUCAUAUGAUCAACAAGGUAGCUCUAGUGGUGCCAAACCAUCGAAUAAGCCCAAUGCGAAGGAUGAAAAGUCAGGUGGAUCGUUGGAUGGCGCAGCAGGCAAGAGCAACAAUGGCGAUUUGCCAAUGCCACCCACCACUGGUCAGCCCACACCCGAUCCCUACUUUACACAUUUCGAUCCACACUAUGAACACCAGAGCUACAAAGUAAGUCAAAAAGAAGCCCAACAGCGCCUCGAGGAAUCGCACCGUGAAAAGGUGACACGUGUCAUGAAGGACUGGUCCGAUUUGGAAGAGAAAUAUCAGGAUAUGCGUUUGGCCGAUCCCAAGGCAGCACAGAGUUUCAAACAAAGAAUGACAGCACGUUUCCAAACUUCUGUUCAGGCACUCGAAGAAGAAGGCAAUGCAGAGAAGCAUCAAUUGGCUGCCAUGCAUCAGCAACGUGUUCUGGCCCACAUUAAUCAGCGCAAACGCGAGGCAAUGACCUGCUACACUCAGGCCUUGACUGAGCAACCACCAAACGCUCACCAUGUUGAAAAAUGCCUGCAGAAACUUUUGCGUGCCCUACACAAGGAUCGUGCCCAUGCCUUGGCCCACUACCGUCACCUGUUGAACUCGGGCGGAGCUGGUGGUUUGGAGGCCGCCGCCUCUGAAAGACCCCGCACCUUGGAACGCUUGAUUGACAUUGAUCGCGCUGUCAACCAAUCGAUGACCAUGCUUAAACGUUACCCCGAACUCUCCAACAAGAUCUCUCAGCUGAUGAACGAUUACAUUUUGGCCUUGCGCAGCAAAGAUGACAUUCCCGGCUCCUCUUUGGGCAUGAGCGAGGAGGCUGAAGCAGCCAUUUUGGACAAAUAUCGCAUUGAAAUUGAACGCAAGGUGGCCGAAAAGGAACGUUUGCGCCUGGCCGAGAAACAACGCAAGGAACAAAGAGCUGCCGAACGUGAGAAAUUGCGUGAGGAGAAAUUGAGAUUGGAAGCCAAGAAGGUGGACGAUAUGGUCAAGGCCGAGCAGGACUCUCAGGCAUUCACCAGCGAAGAGUCCAAGACCAGCAAAGACGAAUCCAUGGUAGAUCCCACAAAGAUGGCUCACAGUGAUAAGGAUUCAGCUGCCGAGGAGUAUGUGGAAGCCACUCUCAGGUAUGAGCCCUCCAUCCUUCAUAGUUUAAAACCCUUUUCCCAUUUUCCCCCUUUUUUCUUGUUUUUUAGCACCAAAACCCAAACCAUCCUACCCACCGUGGAUGAUGAGGCCGUUCAACGUGCUGUUGAAGAUGUUGCCGCCGCCGUUGCCCAUCAGGAAGCUGAACCUGCCGUCCAGCAUUUCAUGUCACACGAUUUGGGUCAUCGCGAAUCGAGCUUCUCUCUGCGCAGAGAAUUCUCUCAUUCAUCAUCUGCGCAUGCGAAUAAAGAGGGUCGCAAUGUCUAUUUCACAUUGUCCUUUGCUGGCAUUGCUCUUAUGGCUGCCAUCUUUGUGGGCAUUGCUGUUGCCAAAUGGAGAACAGCACGCUCGCCACAUGCGCAAGGUUUUAUUGAAGUUGAUCAGAACGCCGCCGCCCAUCAUCCUGUGGUCCCUGAAGAGAAAAUCGUGCCGAGUAUGCAAAUCAACGGCUAUGAAAAUCCCACUUACAAAUAUUUUGAAGUAAAAGAGUAAACUUGCAACAAAAAUCAACACAAAACAGCAACAACAACAACAACAAAUUAAACACACUUACUUAUAUAAUAAUGAAAAACAAAACCAAAAACAGCUACAGAUUAUUCAAAAUGAAGAUAUAAGAACAAAAAACUUUUUAUGAAAACAUAAAAAAAAACCAAAUCAACUAUCCCCCAAAAGAAACCAUACACA